AGUACUCGAGCAGAGGCGGAGCCACGGAUUUCCUUGUUUGCUUCGGUCUGAGACUCUGAGCUCCAGAAGCCCUAACGGGGAAUGUGCAAGAAUUAUCCUGUCUCAGGGUUAUAUCAAGACAUCUUGCCUUGCAUCAGCUUUAUUUGAGUGUCUCAUACGGAGUGUUCGCGCCCUUUUUCUCCUCGCGCGAGCCAUGCAGACUUUACGGAAAAAUAAAGUCGACCUCAUCAGCGCCCUGACUACUGACGCCAGCUACAUCUUGCAGUAUGUCCAGCAGAAUGAGAUCAUCACCAAACGCGAAUACAGCAAUCUUAACCACCCUAACCACACACCGGAGAACAUUGUCAUUAACCUUCUGGACAAGGUGAUGAACAAGGGUGAUACGACAUGUCAAAAAUUUGUGGAUCUGUUGAAGCAGAAAGACAUUCAGGAGACUUUCCCUGGGCUGCAGGAAGUUUUCAAACCUGUAGCUACAUCACACAACCAGGAUAAUUUAAUCGGAGCAGCUGAUGAGAUUGACGAAUACAAAAUGUCCAGCCUACCUCGUGGUCUCUGUGUGAUCAUUAACAAUGUGAUAUUCAGUUCAUCUCACAAACACCGCUCCGGAUCAGACUCGGAUAAAGACGCUCUUAAAGAAGUGUUCCAGUGGCUUGGUUUUACUGUAGAUGUGCAUGAAAACCAAAGUGGAGACCAGAUGAAGAAGCUGCUGAAGACCUAUAGCCAGAAAAUCCACAAUGGUGACUGUUUCAUCUGCUGCAUCUUGAGUCAUGGCUCCAGGGACGGGGUGUAUGGCACAGAUGGAGCCAUCGUGACCAGAGAUGACAUCUUUGGCCCAUUCAGCGGAACGUCUUGUCCAAGUCUAAUCAGUAAACCCAAAGUGUUUUUCAUCCAGGCCUGCCGGGGGGAAGAUCCUCAACCUCUUGUUACAGCCCAGAGUGAUAGCUAUAAUGACGAGGAAAUGGAAGUAGAAGCAGAAAUGGAUGUUGUUGAGAUGGCCACAUUACCAGCUGAUUCAGAUUUUCUCAUAGCGAGGUCGACUGUUAAAGGAUACAUAUCGCUCAGGGAAACCAUUUCAGGCUCCUGGUUUAUCCAGUCCUUGUGCCAGCAACUAAAAAUGCACUGCCCAAAGGAUGAGGAUGUUCCGAAUAUCCUGCUGCGUGUCAACAAUGAGGUUAGCCAAAAAGCUGCUAGAGUUCGAGGAAUAGGUAUGGCUAAACAGAUGCCUAUCCAUAAAGUGACCCUGAGGAAGAAGCUGGUGUUCCGUGUGCCGCAAUAAUGAGCAUUUCCUGUCGAGUAUUUCACAGACAGCCACCUGUUUUCAAUUUUUAAGGAUUAAAAAAUGUACCAGUCCAAUGUACUUUACAUUUUUAUAUUUUUUAUUUUGCCUGAUCUUUGUAUUUUGGUUUUAUUCAUUUAAGUUUUUAGUAAUUUUAAAUUGAUUCUCUGGUGUCGAAUUUGGUGCUUUAAACUACUUCCCAACCUUAUUUUGUAUUUAGGUUUACAGAUGUUUGGGAAAGGGAAUAAAAUUGUUAUGUACCAUGAACCAUAAUAACAUGCAAAAUAGAAAAGAAGCAUCAGAAAUUUGUACUUAAAUGAUUAUGUAAAUUUAUAAAUUUGUCAAAUUUUUAUGGGCUUUUUUAAAAUUAUGUUUAAUUUGUACAUAAAAAAGUAAUAAAAGAAAGUACAAAAAAAUAAGUAAUAAACCUGAAGAUAAAAUAGCAUAUGUUUAAUGUAUUCAUUACUAUAUUGUUUACAAUAUUGAAUAAAAGAGAACAAAAGAAAAUGUCUAAGGGAUAAAUGUCAGUUUUAAUAAAAUGAAAAAAAAAAAAAAAAAUCUGCAUAUAUUUGAACAUUAUC